AUGUCUCUGGUGCUCUCCGACAAUCUGGCUCCUCAGCCUAUCACUGAUAUAUUCACGAACGACACCAAUAUUGUCCGUCGCAAGUGCCACCGCACUGUGCCUAUGAAAGUGCUUGCCCUCGGUGUCGGCCGUACCGGUACUGCCUCCCUUCGCAAGGCACUUGAGCGAUUGGGAUACACCAAAUGCUACCACAUGAUGUGUGCCAGUGUCGAGAACCCACCCGAUUGCCUGAUGUGGCACGAUGCUCUGAACGCCAAAUACAAGGGCGAAGGUGAGUUCGGCCGCAAGGAAUGGGAUCAACUUCUAGGAGACUGUCAGGCCGUGUGCGACUGGCCCGCCUGUGCCUUCGCCAAGGAACUUAUUGAGGCCUAUCCCAACGCCAAAGUCAUCCUGAACACCCGGGACAUCGAUCAAUGGCAUACCUCAGUCACGAAGUCCGUGUACUGGCGUGUCAGCGAUUCAGAACAUAAGUUCGUGGCGAACUUUAGUUGGGCCGCGGGCAUGUACUACCCCAUGCUUAACAAGUUCUUCGAGACUUUCUUCCGGGGUGACUUCCCCAACAAGGGCAAGCAGGUUUACAAGGAACACGUUGCCGAGGUCCGCAGCCUGGUGCCCCCUGAACGUCUUCUGGAGUACAACAUCAACGAUGGCUGGGCUCCCUUGUGUGAAUUCCUCGAGGAGGAAAUCCCUAAUGACCCCUUUCCCCAUAGCAACGACGUCGCUUAUUUCCGCAAUCGUUGCCGCACCCGUAACCGCCAUCAGAUAAUGAAUGCUCUCCUGCAGGCCAUCACCAUGGGUGGCUCACUGUUGGUCACUGGCUUCGCUGCCACCAUGGCCUUCAAGCACUUCACUCGCCCUAGCCGCUAA